UCAACUAUGCCUUAGCUUAGUCCAAUAGCAGAAAACUUUCAUGCAUUAACUUGCUGCUUUUCCUCCUCGGUAAAUUGUUCUUUUUUUAAUAUUAUUUCAAGCUAUGAGAACAUCAAAUUCAAAACUUUUCGAUCCUUCACCGUAACAGCAGUAGAGUACUUUGAAUAUAUUCUGGUAGUGGUACCUCUGAUAUCGAGAGCUACCUUUUGGUGAGCACGAAUACGAUCGGGGCUGACAAAGGUGCUGAGCCACAUGAUGUCUGCUGCAUCUCAUAGUACAACGACAUUCUUACCAGCGGGUGUUAUUCUUGGCUUUGCCUCUAAUCUAGCAGAGAUGAGCAAUACUCCGCAUAAUACUUUUGGACCCCGCACCUGUGUGUACAUUGACGGGUUUGCACAUGGACCAAUGAGAGAUAAUAUCGACAAAAGUUUGACUGAAGACGUAGUGGGCACGGAAGUGGAUGUAGUAGAAGGCAAAGAAAGCAAAGAAAGCGAGGCUAUGCUGAACAAGGAUAGCCGAGAAGGAAUUCGAAAGGAUGCUAGGCCAAAUGCGGGCUCGCACUUGGCCCGUGAGCCACCAAUGAGAUCCGAUAGGACUAUUAUUGUACAGGAGCAAGAACAAGGCACAAAAGCGUUAUCAAGCAUACUCCGCACAAUAACAACGCUCUCAUCCAACACUUCUCCCUCUUCUUCAAUUGACCCUCGACAGCCUCAACUUUUUGCUCAUGUUUCGCCGACGGGGACUAUUUCCGUUACUUCACCUCUCUCUCUUUCCUCUUCACUUUCACUCCCCUCUUCUUUAUCCUUGCAGCAGCAACGACAACAAAGAUAUCGCAGCCCAUGUCGUGAUCCUAGUUCUGAAAUGCCUGUUGCAACAACAUUUCCUCCCAUAUUUUCGCAUCCAUCAUCUUCCCAAAACUUUAAAACACCUCCACAGUACCUGUCAUCCUCCUCUAUCAUCUCGUCCUCUUUGCAGACUGUACGGCAUGUCAGUGGACAAAGAGGGUUGUUGGCACAGCGACCAAAGACAAGUUUUAGUAGAUUGCUGGAUUCGGUGACGAAUAAUACGGCUGUGAUGGCUGAAUCCCGCCUCAAGUCAUAUUAUAAUUUCGAUAACGGGCAAACAGCUGUAACCAAUGCAUUAUCCUUACCACAAAAGGCAGAGGUACCAAACCAAUCUACAGCCUUCUUCACUGGGCCUUUGAUGGCAGCACGAUCAGAUUCAAAGCCAAAGUUCUUUGUAUGCGAUGACGAUAGCGAAGAGGAGUUAGAGGAUGAGUUUGAGACUCUUACUUUAUCCCCGAGAGCUUCUCAAUCACCUCCUGCAGCGAUAUCUCUCAGACAGUCAAUGGACGGCUGCCUUGAUAGAUGUGAUAUGGGUGAAUUUAAAAACCCAGGUUAUAGUCACCAAGGCGCAAGUACCUGUAACAUGGUAGAGACGACUACACCGCCGUCGCUGAGGCAUAUACCUACAUCUGAGAUGCCACGGAGACAGAGUCUACUUUCAAGCCUUUUCAAGACGGAGAAACAUUCGGCUACACAACAUGGUUCAAACAACUCGAUCCCCACCAUCAACAACAAAAAUUUAAAAGAUACAAGGCUUUACCACCAUAGUGCUUCCAAAUCCAAUGGAGAAGAUCCAGAAUUGAGUCCUAUUUAUCAACCCUCUCUAAAUUCUACCAUUAAUUCAGCUGCCCUACACUCAUUAAGUCAUUUCUCUGUAGGAAUAACUCAUCAGUAUCGGCCUAUCCAGCGGAACCACCAUCGGCAUCUUACAGAUCAAGAAGAACGAGUUUUUUUAAUAGACAAUGAUAUGACGAUAGCGACGAGGCGAUUAGCUAAUCAUGAAAAGAUGUCGACGUCAGCGUUGAAAAGGACUAAAAAGUCUGUGUUUAGGAAACUGGAUGAGUUAGCCAUAGGCAAUGAGAGGGAGAGUAGUAUUGUUAAAGUAGAGGAAGUGGAAGCAGAAGAAGAAAACGAAGGAGAGCAGGCCGGGAGGAACAUCAUAACCUCUCUGCCAAGGUUUUCACCUGAACAGCGAUACCCAUUACAACAUCUUUUAUCUAAGGAGAAGUCUAUUACUCUCAAGUCAGCCAGAUCAUCUAACUGUACCAUAACUAGCACAUCUGUAACGUUACCAUCUCUGGAAUACCAGAUUAUACCCGAAUCAAUAUCAAAGCCAUCGCUGUUAUCCUCUUCAUUCCAAACACAAUCUAACCAUAAAAAAGCCCUUCGCCCCGCUUUACUACCAUCAUUUCAAACAUGUUACUGUACUCGGUCGACAGCCACAGCGACUACCACAUUUACAACUGCUUCUGCGGCUUCCAAAUGCUCAACAACGACUGCACUUUCACCUGCCUCAGUAUCAGUAUCGGCAUCAUCCUUGGGAGGAAACGGAGAUGUAAGCGCAAACGCAAAAGGGGCGAAGUUUCUCUCGAGCAAAUCUCGAGUUUAUAAUGUUCAAGCGCAAAUUCAUUCGUUCUACGGACACUUGUCCUCUGGUAUCCAAAGAGCUAUUGCCACAGCCUUUGAGAUUUGAAUAAAAUUAGAGAUACUAAUAUAUUAUAAUAAUGACAUAUCCAAGCCUCUACUCAUAAUGAUAAUAAAGCUUGGCCUCUGGAUGGGUAGUUGCCUCGGGGCAAACAGCUUCGCGUGCAUGGUCGAUCGUUAUUUCCCCCAGCCAAUAGUAAACAGAAUAAAGAAACAGGAUGUAGACGCUAUUUUGAUGAUGUAAUUUUAGCCAUUAGUGUCCUGUAUGUAGGAGAUAGAAAGGACGCUUUAUUCAUUCAUCAAAAUCAGCUUCCUUUGUUCAUAAGGACAGAUCAGACUCAAUCCAUUCCAACAAAAAAAAAGACCCACUAUGACACGAAUUCAGCUUG